AUGAAUGGUUGCGUCCAAAUUGGAACUGACUAUUCCUUCUGUUUUUUCUAAAAGCGAUUAUUUUAUCAACAAAUCAUACUGCUUUUGUGAAUUUACCAAACACACAAAGGUCCGUAUACAUAGGUGAAGUACCGUUUUGAAGGGUCCUGGCAAGCUGUCUUAAUUAGAUGUUAUUAGUAAGAUUGUGAGUCUGUUUUCAUGUGAGACACCCCUGCCAUUAUUGGGCACUGCUCCUGGCACUUCCUUGUUCAAAAGUUUUAUUUAGGGGAAGGCUUGGCCGAAAGUUGGUCACCGGUUUGGAUAUUUUCGACGUCGUUGUUGUCAGAUAUUAAGGAUAUGGAUUACAUUUAAAGUACAUUUGCCAUCACUAGCGUGUAGCUGCAGCAGUUUUUUCCCAUGGCUGUAAUUAUUAGAAGCUGGCUAACGUUGCACUGAGAGGCUCCGUAAAGAGGAAGAUGUCCACGGCUAACGUUAGCGAAGACAUCCAAGUGAAGUUUCCCCUGCACUCCGCAGUGUGGGAGAAUGAUUUCAGGAAACUGGAAGAACAAAUAACGCUACCACAGAAUGACAUCGAGGCUGUGGAUCCCAGAGGUCGGACACCUCUGCACUUGGCUGUGUCACUUGGACACCUGGAGUCAGUCAGAGUCCUUCUGAGACACGGUGCUGCAGUGACUAAAGAAAAUGCCAAUAACUGGACAGUGCUGCAGGAGGCAGUCAGCACCGGAGAUCCAGAGAUGGUUCAGUUAGUGCUUCAACGCAGAGACUACCUCAAAGCCUCCACUGCUCUGGGAGGAGUGCCUGAGCUGCUGUCAAAGAUCCGAGAGUCUCCAGACUUCUAUAUGGAAAUGAAGUGGGAAUUCACCAGUUGGAUCCCUCUACUGUCCCGGGUUUGUCCAAGUGAUGUUUGUCGCAUUUGGAAAAGUGGCGCCAGCCUGCGAGUGGAUGCCACUCUUCUAGGCUUUGAGAACAUGACCUGGAUCAGAGGACGUAGAAGCUACAUCUUCAAAGGAGAUGAUUCAUGUGCGGAGUUGAUGGAGGUGAAUCAUGAUGAUGAAGUAGUGGACACUGAACGCUUCAACAUCUCCCAGGAAAUGGAGGAUGUCACACUAGAGUCAAUGCAGCCAGCUGAGCAGGAAGUUGCUAAAAGGCUGACUACUCCUAUUGUCAACACCUACUUGGAUACCAAGGACAUUGCUUUUGAGAGGAACAAGUCUGGGAUAUGGGGCUGGAGAACUGACAAGACUGAAGUGGUCAAUGGAUUUGAAGCAAAGGUUUUCAGUGUGAACAAUGUAAAUGUUGUGAUCAGGACAAGGACAGAGCAUCUUACAGACGAGGAGAAAGCCAGGAUAAAAAGUGAGAGGAACAUCCUGGAGUCUCUGUUGGGGACUGUGGAGCAGCACAUAAGCGCACAAGGGGACCUUACUCUUGAGUAUGCAACUGCUACCAAUCCCACUGCCAUCACUCCAGAGGAAUAUUUCGAUCCCGACUUUGACCUUGGGAACAGAGACAUCGGCAGACCCAUUGAACUAAGCAUUCGUACACAGAAGUUCAAAGGUACGUUGUGGAUGAGUGAGGAACAUCCCCUGUCCCUGGUGGAGCAGGUAACCCCCAUUAUCGACCUCAUGGCCCGGACAAGUUCCCAUUUUGCGCGGCUACGAGACUUUGUGACCUUAAAGUUUCCUCCUGGAUUUCCUGUUAAAAUAGGUAUGCAAGGUUUUCAUAGACACUGCACUUUAGCAUUUUCAUUCCUCUUGUGUCUGUUUUUACAUCUUACGUGUUAUUAUCUUCCAGAGAUUCCCCUAUUUCAUGUACUGAAUGCCAAGAUUACAUUUGGUAAUGUAAAUAAAUGCAGUACUGCAGAAGAAGUGAACACAACGCCAGCAGCCACACCAACAUCCUCAGGAGAGGAUGAAGAAGCUGCCGCACCACCUCCAUUUCAGGUGUGUCCCUCAGUGUUCGUGGUGCCUGCCAGUUACCACCGCCGAGGAGGCAGCCGCCACACACCCAUGUCCAAUAAUGACGAGGAGCUUUUGCAGUAUGCCAUCCAUCAGAGUCUCCUGGAGUCUCGCAGAGUCCCAGGCCAGGAGGGGAUCUUGGAUGAUGCUGAUGGGGAAUUUAGUGAUGUAAUCCCCAGUAGCCAGAGUGACAGGAGCAUCCCAGAGGGGGUGCUAGUGGAGUAUGGAGACACCUCCAGCCCCGCCAGCUCCAUCUCUGCCUCCAGCCCCGACUCAGACCUCCGCCUAGCCAUGGAGCUCUCGGCACGAGCUCAGGAGGAAGAGGAGAGGAUGAGGAAGCAAGAGGAAGAGGAGCUGGAGAGGAUAUUGCAGCUGUCUCUCACAGAGAAGUAAAAGGAAUAAGAGGGAAUAAUAAUAAUACAACUUUUUCCAGAUCCAGAAGCAACCACCACACCUCAAUUUUCCUUCCUAACCACUGUAGUCAUCUAUGCAACCGCAGAUUUCUUUCUGUACCAGAUCAUUCUUGCACAGGCAAUAUCAAACUCUCAGUAUCCAAUAUUUUCCAAAAGGUAUUUUUGGUAAGAGCAUACUACUUUAUAUAUUUCUAUCUCAGCAUAACUGCUCCAUCCUCAAGCUUGUUUCAAGGACUCUUUGAGAUUAUUUCUGGUGGGUUUUACUUUUUAUUUAUUUAUUUUCUUUUCCAAUUCAGUAUCACAGCAGCAACCCACAUGUGUUGAUCGUAUUGUCAUCUUGGAGUGCGGUCGAAUCAGUGUAAUUAAGGUUCUGUGAACAAAAGUAAUUGACUACUCAAGGAGACUUCAUAUAGUGUUGGUGCGGUAGUGAUGUGGUACUGAAGUCGUCCUGUAGAGUCACUUUGUUUAGGACCAUGGGCUCACUGAAUAACAGAAAUCUCAGGGUUCCAAUUUUACACAUUUUCACUUUGGAAUUAGUUUUUUAAUCAGUUGUAAAAACUAUUGGAAAUUGUAGCCUGGUAAAUGUUUCUUUGGUGCAAAAUGGUAUCAUUCAUACAUAUCAUCUAUGCCAUACCAAUAUUAAUUCAGAAAGUUGGAAUCAUUGAGUCUAAAAGGUCAUAAGUAAAUGCAAGUUCCUUGUACCAAGUGAAUGUACACUCUACAGAUGGGUAAACAAAAGCAUGUUGCUGUGAGAGAAACUUUAAAUCGGCUGCAUGGUAGCAUAAUAUCUUUAAAUUUCCUGGCCUGUUUUUUUUUCCUGUUCUAAUUGAACAUUUUCUCCGAUUUCAUGGUGAGAAAGAACAUAUUUGUGUUAACUGUCACCAAGCAACUUUAAGCACUAUCACCUCAGUUCAAAAACGCAAUAGUAGAGACCAGUCCGUCUGUGGAUUUACAGCCGACAUGCAGUAUAGAAGCAGCCGCACAACCAAGUGUUGCAGAGAUUUUUUCUGAUUCCUAAGGGCAAUCUGCCUUUUGUAGCCACGAACAACUCUAGACCUCUGAGCAAAAGAAAAGACAGCACAGGUUCAAAGUGUCAAGCAUGUCCGCCAUACGUAGGAUUAGUUUCUUCAGCAUGUGCCAACGGAUUGCUUUGCUCCGGUAACGCUUGGUGGGAGCGAGGGGUGGUGACAGUUGUAUGUUGUGUCACUCGGACUAAACUUUCUGAACAGAUUUCUUAAACAUUUUGUAACUUAAAGACAGGCUGAAGAGGGUGAUGCUGAGUAACAUGCAUUAACCACUAUAGUUGAUUUCACUGACAACCAACCACUUAUCUAAGGUUUCUCUGUGCGUUCCUGCUUCUGACUUUCAGGGGCUUCAGCUGAAAAACUACUAAUUAUAAUGAUCAAAUUGCCAAACUGCUGAACAGUCGACUUAAAAAAACAAAAACAAAAGGCUAGCUUUGGUUAAUUUAAUGCAGAUCUUUGUAAUGCACCGUUCAAGCUGCAAAGUUUUUUUUAAUAUGUUUAAAUUUUAAGAAAUUGUGUUGGUUUCAAAAUGUUGUUUCUAAAAUAAAAGCACUUUAUUUCCA